CCUGCACUGCCUGUAAAAUCCGCGCACAGAAGUCUGACACUUCAUAGCUUCGCAAAACUUGUUCCACGGUCUUGUAAAGGAACAAUCUGCCUGGGUUCCGGCCCUGCAAUUCCAUCAACAGUCACGGUCUUCUCAAGUCGGGUACUGCUUGCUUACCAACGUAGAGGGACUGUGGACGGAUUAGUCUGUUAUCUUGGCGUUGCUCGACAACAUGGGCAGCCCAGCCCGCGGUCCGCGCAAUGAUGAAAAGGGGAGUAAAAAACAUUGUUGGAAUGCCACACCUGAAAAGUUGGAAAAGCAAAAAAGGAAUAUACAUAAGCCCGAACAGUCAAUUGUUACUCGUGGUAGGCAGUGGCGCUGUAAAAAUCCAAGUUCUGAAGAGACAAAGUUGACGUCUGAUGCGUUGGGGAUGUGCAGAGAGUAACAAGCCUUCCUGUACCGGAUACAUCUGUUUUCUCUCCAGCAUGGUCUGAGAAAAAAAAGGCACUUAUGGUUAUAGCCGACCUGCGUUGAACAGAAAGCAUCUUACCUUUUCGACUGCCUCUGAUAUUCGGAAGAGCUUCGCAUCCGAAUUCGGACGCUCCGAUAGAGCCCUGGCGAAUUCCUUAAUUAAAGGCGAUCGGGGGUCUCCUGAGGAAGGGAGGAAGGAACGAAGGGAGGAAGGAAAGAAGGAAGGAAGGAACGAGUCUUCGGCAUUGAUUCGAUCAAGCACGCCAUCGCCCGCUUGCGAUCACCCCUCCUGUUUACCGUGCUUGUACAUCCUGAGGAAAUC